UUUUUUUUUUUUUUUUUUUUUUUUUUUUUUUUGGACAAGUUGAUAUCUUCGAUCUCCGUGGGUCAACAACCAACACAUACCCUCUGAUAUCAUUCUCUCCAUCUAUAACAGUUCCCGUCAACUGGUUUAACCCCCCUGGAAUUCUCCUCGACAACCUGAACAUGGGCGUGCUGGACAAGGACCGUCCUCGCGGCUUACGAGUGCCUUCACUCGCCGCCCUCAAAGCCUUCAAUAAAAAGGCCCCCGAAUCUCCAACGCCCAAGGAACUCCCGGCUAUUCAGUUGCCUGCACCGUCCCAACUCUCUUCCGACUCGAUCCCCGUUCGUCCCCCGAGGCCUCUGGAAAAGGAACUCCCUCCUAGUCCGUUGCCGUCGUCUCUGCCGCAGUCUGCACCGCCCAAUCGUCCACAGCCACCACUGCCUGCGCCUGCAUCCAACUCAACCCCUCCUCCAGUCGCCGUGCAACAGAGAACCCCUCCAUCCAGUGAAGGCGAUCCCGAGCAGCGACAUUCGAAUGGCUCUUCAGACGACUCCCUCGAAGGCUUCAUUCCCGAUCCCGAGCCGGAGCCCGAACACGACGGCGCCAGCAGUAACCCCAAUGAACCCGGGUCCAGCGAGGAUGACGACAGACCGUGGACACCCCCCGAGGUGGAACCCGUGGUCGUCCCAUUGUCCAAGCUGCAUUAUUCCUGUUAUCAAGAUCAUCGGGCCAUGCCCACCUCCAACAAUGUGUGGUAUGCGCUACCGUGUAUGACCUGUCAGAAGUUUGACCGCGAGAUCCGACAUCGAUGCGUUUUCUGCUGUCUGCGUGUCUGUGCAGAUUGCUUCCAAGCGCUGCAGAAGUGUCCGCGCCGUUCGUUGGCCCAGCUGAUGGAGACCCUCUCGGUUGAUGAAGCAGUGAUCAGUGACGAGUGA